UUUUCAAAGAAAUUUAAUUUGUUUUGUAAGGCGAAACUAGAAGAAUCGAAUAGUUCAACUUUAAUUCGAAUUAUUUAAAGUUCAUACCCAGACUAACCUUUGAUAAAAGUCCAUUUACGAGACGAAAACUCACAUUGUGAAUACCGUGAAAAUGGCUAUGCGUGGAAAAAUCACCGAAAAGGACCCGAACUUCGAGAAGCCGGAAUUAUGUAAAUGUGGCAGUGGAUCGUGUAAGUCGCGUUCGUGCUCGUGCUAUAAAUACGGAAGUGGAUGCAGCCCAUCUUGUGGCUGUACUGGAUCAUGUGCAAACAUGUUCAAUCAUCUCGUAUAUUUUUUCGGAGAUAAGGAAAAAUGCGAUGCAAACCCCUGCUUCGCGAAGUGGCUCAUCAAAAACAGUAACGGUGGAAGUGCUUUGAAGUCGGUAGACCGAGACAAUUUGCAAGAACGCAUUUUGAAGUGUGACAGCAACGAAGAGUUAUUAGACGACGACGACUUCAAAAAGUGGCAAAAAGCUUGGAAAAAACUACCGGCUGAUCAAAAAUUGGCUCAAUCCCAAAAAUUAUUUCGAAUGCUUUUGUCGAGUAAUUCAGAUGACGCUUUCGCUUCCUUAUACUUCUUUUCGUUCUGCCGAAACGAUGUUUUCAAUAACGAUAACGCUUGGCAUUGCGUUACGUGCCAAACUUGCCAAGAGUGGAGAGAGUGGCAUUGUGGACGUUGUGAUAAAUGUGUGUCUGGAUUGACUUGCAAAGGAUGCGGUGGAAAAAGUGAAGCGGGUGCUUCUGGAUUUUUCUAAGCAGUACUUAUUUUACGAGCUACGAAAUCGACUCAUUUCCAACCAAACAUAAAAUUUUGUCAGAAUAAACCACGAAA